AUGUCAUCUAUAAGCGAGUGUUUGUUGAAAUCAGUGGCCCCAACCAACAUUGAGCCUCGUUCUCGUAGUAAAGUGACUGUUAUAGGUGUUGGAAUGGUUGGAAUGGCUGCAGCAUUCUCUACCAUGCAAGUAGCAGGAGAACUCGCACUCAUCGAUGUCGUAGCAGAUAAGGUUAAAGGAGAAGUUCUUGAUCUACAGCAUGGUCAACAGUUUAUUGGCAGGUGCAAAAUCGAUGGGGGGACCGACUACAAAUACUCUGCGAAUUCAGAUAUUGUCGUCAUCACUGCUGGUGCCAGACAAAACGAAGGAGAAUCACGACUGAAUCUUGUUCAGCGUAACGUUGAUAUAUUCAAGAAAAUAAUACCAAAUGUUGUCAAAUACAGUCCGAACUGCAUCAUAGUUGUCGUAUCGAACCCUGUCGAUAUUUUGACAUAUGUAGCUCGAAAAUUGAGUGGAUUUGAAGCUCAUAGAGUAAUUGGGACCGGAACCAUGCUUGACUCGGCAAGGUUUCGUUUUCUGUUAGGUGAAAAAUUGGGAGUGUCUGCCAAUUCUGUUCACGGAUAUGUAAUUGGUGAACAUGGUGACUCGAGUGUUGCUGUUUGGAGUAAUGUGAAUGUUGCUGGAGUUCGGCUUUCUUCUCUAAAUCCAAAGAUAGGAUGCAAAGAUGAUCCUGAGAAUAUGGAAGAAAUACACAAACAAGUUGUUCAGAGUGCUUAUGACAUCAUUCGCUUGAAAGGUUACACCUCAUGGGCGAUCGGGUUGACAUGUCGAUCACUUUUCAAAGGAAUUCACGGGAUAGAAGAGGAUGUUUAUUUGAGUUUACCAUGUCUUGUUACUUCAGCUGGAAUCAGUCAUUUGAUUCCUCUUGAACUCAGUGCGGAUGAAUUGUGUAAACUGAGAAAAAGUGCUGCGACUCUGAAUGAAGUUAUAACAAAAAUCAAAUGGUAA